UUUCAUGCAAUUCUCACUCGGUUUACAGUCGUAUAAACGCCUCCUCCUGAAAUCACAUAUCUUAUACGUCUCAUUUUUCUCUUCCGCCGUUAGGUUUCCGUUAAUUUAUGUCAUUUUCCCAUGAUUUGCAUGGUGAAAUUCUCGUCCUGUUCUUAGAUUUUGUGUUCCUGCAAUUCUCUCUUCAGUUAACCAACACAAUUCUUUUCUUGUGAGCGUUCGGGGUGGGGAUUUCUGGGUCGAGUAGGCGUCGGGUUUUUCUUCGCUUCUUUUGAGGGGGAAGCCGGGGCUCCGGCCUCGGCGGGUUCUAAAGCCCCCACCUUUACAAACUCGGAGAUUUCUAUCUAUCUAUUUGCAUAAUUCAUCUGUACAAAUAACUUCUCUUUCCUGAUUCCUUAGUUCUUUCAUUUUCGGGUUCCAAAGGUAAAUAGAUUAAUUGGGGAAGAGAUGCCUGCCGUGGCAUAUUGCGUAGACGCUGCUGUCGCGAUGAACACCUCUAUUCCGGCGCCGGAGGUUUUUGUUGUGCCUCCGGCGACAAUUACCGCCGGAGCCGCUCCUCUCAAUUUCUCCCAUUGGUCCCCCGCGCUUUCAUCCGCGCUUUACCGGAUCGACGGGUGGGGUGCACCGUACAUCGCCGUGAAUUCGUCAGGCAAUAUCUCCGUGCGUCCUCAUGGCACGGACACGCAGCCCAACCAAGAGAUCGAUCUUCUCAAGGUAUUGAAGAAGGUUUCGGAUCCGAAAUCAAUGGGGGGACUUCAAUUGCCGCUCCCGCUAGUUAUUCGGUUCCCAGAUGUGCUGAAGAGCCGUCUCGAAUCUCUACAAUUUGCGUUCAAUUACGCGGUUCAGUCGCUAGGUUACGGGGCUCAUUAUCAAGGCGUUUAUCCCGUGAAAUGUAAUCAGGAUAGGUUCGUGGUGGAGGAUAUCGUAAAGUUCGGGUCGGCCUUCCGGUUCGGGCUUGAAGCCGGGUCCAAACCGGAGCUCCUACUUGCUAUGAGCUGUCUCUGCAAGGGAAGCCCAGAAGGUCUCCUGAUAUGCAAUGGCUUUAAGGAUGCUGAGUAUAUUUCCCUUGCUUUGGUCGCAAGGAAGCUUCUUUUGAACGCUGUGAUUGUGCUUGAACAAGAAGAGGAGGUGGAUGUUGUGAUUGACGUCAGCCGGAAAAUGUCCGUCCGGCCGGUGAUUGGGCUCCGGGCCAAGCUCAGAACCAAACAUUCAGGCCAUUUCGGGUCCACGUCCGGCGAGAAAGGGAAAUUUGGGUUAACCACAACUCAGAUUUUGCGGGUGGUGAAAAAGCUUGAAGAUUUUGGAAUGCUGGAUUGUCUUCAGUUAUUGCAUUUCCAUAUUGGGUCUCAAAUCCCUUCAACGGCCUUGCUUUCCGAUGGCGUUGGAGAGGCCGCUCAAAUUUAUUGUGAAUUAGUCCGUCUCGGUGCCUCCAUGAAAGUCAUUGAUAUCGGGGGUGGACUUGGAAUUGAUUACGACGGUUCAAAAUCAUCUGAUUCUGAUCUUUCGAUUGGGUAUAGCCUCAAUGAAUAUGCCUCGGCUGUUGUUCAGGCGGUUCGUUCUGUUUGUGAUCACAAGGGUGUGAAUCACCCUGUUCUUUGCAGUGAAAGUGGAAGAGCAAUUGUUUCUCAUCACUCCAUUCUUGUAUUUGAAGCUGUUUCUUCUUCCAGUUCCCAGAACCCAUCACAUUUCUCUUCUGCAGAUAUUCAGUCCUUUGUUGAGCUGCUUAAUGAGGAUUCCCAGGCUGAUUAUAGGAACUUUUCUGCAGCCGCGAUUCGAGGUGAUAAUGAUACUUGUAUCCUCUAUGCUGAUCAGCUUAAGCAGAGCUGUGUUGAUCAGUUCAAGAAAGGAACUUUGGGCAUUGAACAGUUGGCUGCUGUGGAUGGCAUUUGUGAUUUGGUCACUAAGGCCAUUGGAGCUUCUGAUCUCACCUCCACUUAUCAUGUGAAUCUAUCAAUUUUCACUUCAAUUCCUGAUUUUUGGGCCAUUGGCCAGUUGUUUCCUAUUGUUCCUAUUCACAGGCUUGAUGAAAGACCUGGAGUGAGGGGAAUAUUGUCAGACUUGACUUGUGACAGUGAUGGGAAGAUUAAUAAGUUCAUUGGUGGAGAGUCGAGUUUGCUCCUCCAUGAAUUGGGAGGCAACAGAGGUGGCUCUGAUAGUGGUGGUAGAUACUAUUUGGGGAUGUUCUUGGGUGGGGCUUACGAGGAGGCGCUCGGAGGAUUCCACAACCUGUUCGGUGGCCCUAGCGUUGUGCGUGUAUCUCAGAGCGAUGGCCCUCAUAGUUUCUGUGUCACGAGUGCUGUCCCUGGCCAGUCUUGCGCGGAUGUACUGAGAGUGAUGCAGCACGAGCCUGAGCUUAUGUUCGAGACUCUCAAGCAUCGGGCUGAGGAAUCCAUGCUUGGUGGUGGUGAAGAAGGCGAUAGGGUGGCCUUCGAUUCCCUGGCCAGCAGCUUUGCUCGCAGUUUCCAUAAUAUGCCAUAUCUCGUGACAACUUCCUCUUGUGGUUAUUACUAUGGUAACAGCGAGGUUUGUGCGCCUGCUGAUUCCGCUGCUGUUGCUGCUGAGGAUGAACAUUGGUCUUAUUGUGCCGCUUGAGAUUAAGCCAUGUAGCAUCUCCAUUUCCUGCCUUUUUAUUUUUAACCGCGUCGUAUUUAGACUGUAGUCUGAGUUAUCUGUUACCUUUUAGUUAUUAGUUGUAUGAUUUCCUUAUUAUUAGUUGCUCUGGAAAGGAUGCUGUAGCAGCUAUUGCUGUUUUCUUUGUGAUUGACAGAGAGAAGGGAAGUGACUGAACAUGACUGAUGUAAAUUCAGUUAAUUCCCUUCUCCUCUAUUUCUAGUUAUUUCAAUAGUGUUUCUGUAUAAAACUUCUCUGCUCCUAAAUGUUAUGUUUUGUUUUACUCUC